CGCUUCUCUUACCUCCAGUUCCAAGUCGCUCAGUUGGCUCUGACUCUUUUAGGAGGACGGUUGUUGCGUCUGUUCCGACCGGCGUACUAGAUCGCGAUCCGCGACAACGAAUUUUGCGCCGCGUUUUGUUUUCUGUGGACGCGCCGCCUCGAUUUUUGUCGUUGCAGCUGAACGGUAGCGAUUCUGUUGCUGGCAUACCAUUUUUGCGAAGGUCAUGUACUCCAGUCUACGCGAGAUGGUGAUAAGGGCACCAGCGCUACUCACAUAGUUGCAACAAGGCUCAUCCCGCGAAACAUGACAUAAAUCGCGAGUUUCUUGCCGGGAAAUAGAUAUUCCCUCACACCGUUUCAAAAUGGCCAGUUUCCCAGUAGUUUUCGCGAUCCUAGUGUUCGGCAUUGUGAACAUAAACUGUGAUUACACCCAACGAAACAGACAACGAAAACCGCCCGUCUUCUCUCCCAUUACGUCCUCCAGGAGCAACCACAAGCCGAACAUCGUGCUCAUCCUCACUGACGACCAGGACGUGGAGCUGGGCUCGUUGAAUUUCAUGCCGAAGACGCUGAAAACCAUCCGAGACCAGGGGGCCGAGUUCAGGCACGCUUACGUCACCACUCCCAUGUGCUGCCCUUCGCGGUCGUCUCUUCUGACGGGAAUGUACGUGCACAACCACCAGGUGUACACCAACAACGAUAACUGCUCCAGCACCCAGUGGCAGGCCACCCACGAGACUAGGUCCUUCGCCACGUAUCUGUCCAAUGCCGGAUACAGGACUGGUUAUUUUGGAAAAUACCUAAACAAGUACAACGGUUCCUACAUUCCACCAGGUUGGAGGGAAUGGGGUGGUCUAAUAAUGAAUUCCAAGUACUACAAUUACUCCAUCAAUAUGAACGGGAAGAAGAUCAAACAUGGAUUCGAUUAUCAUAAGGACUAUUACCCCGAUUUGAUUGCCAACGAUUCAAUAGCCUUCCUGAGGCACUCCAAAAAACAAUAUCAACACAAACCGGUGAUGCUAACGAUGUCAUUUCCGGCGCCGCACGGGCCUGAGGACUCGGCACCGCAGUAUUCGGACCUCUUCUUCAACGUCACGACCCACCAUACUCCGUCAUAUGACCACGCUCCAAAUCCAGAUAAACAAUGGAUUCUGAAGGUAACCAAAAAUAUGGAGCCUAUCCAUCGACAAUUCACAGACCUGCUGAUGACAAAACGCCUUCAAACUCUGCAAUCAGUAGAUGCUGCAGUUCUAAGGGUCAUCCAGGAGCUAGAAGAACUUGGAGAACUAGACAACACAUAUGUAGUCUAUACUUCUGAUCACGGAUACCACUUAGGGCAAUUUGGGCUGAUAAAGGGGAAAAGUUUUCCAUUUGAAUUUGACGUGCGUGUCCCUUUCUUAGUACGAGGUCCUGGCGUAGAGCCUGGCACUGUAGUCAACGACAUAGUCCUCAACAUCGACCUGGCUCCCACUUUUCUGGAUAUGGCUGGUGUAGAGCCUCCAACGCAUAUGGACGGGCGCUCCGUACUACCUUUAUUUGUAAACCCCAAGAGAAAGAAACUAAAGUGGCCUGACACGUUUCUGAUCGAAAGUUCUGGUCGUCGAGAAACACCUCAUCUUGAUGCAAAAGUAGCUCGUCUCAACAAAUACUCAGCAGCUGCCAAUGCGAUAAAUUUAACAACAGAAAACCCCUCGACCAUAGGAGGUAAUUAUUACCAAUCCAGCUACCAACCUACUAGUCUCUUAACUGCAAGUAUAACGACAGCUUCCCCCUUACCCAGAAUCUACGAUUCAGGUGAGGACCUAUCUUUAGAUAUUGUAGAUAGCGAUAUCGAAGAUGAUUUAGAAGAAGAUGAGGAAGUUGAAGAUGAUGGUGACGAAUUAGAUGAUGAUAUAGAUUUAGAAGAAAAAACAAAUAUUGAUAAUGUCAGAUUAGCUGCUACUAAUACUGACUUAGUAAAUGGUGAAGGUGAGAUGCAGUUAGACAAUAGAUUACUACCGGUCUUACCUCUACCAUCAAAAUUAGAAAGAUUAGCAAUAGAAUGCAUGCAAGAUGAAAUGAGGUUACCAUGUAAACCCAGACAGAAAUGGUACUGUGAAAAUGACGCUGGCAGGUGGAGAAAGCACAAAUGUAAAUCGGUAGUCCAAAAUAUACCUUUGCCGUCUGACAGAGCUUACAGAAAAUGUGCUUGCUUUACCCCUGAUGGACUAGUAUACAAGAAACUACCAUUACAAAAUAUUACAAGGAGAGAAGCUAGACUAGGAAGAAUUAAGAGAGACACGCAUUUGGACGAAAUACUCUUUAAGAAAUUGAGAGAUAAGGAAAUACACAAGUUAUCAAAGAGAGAAAGACGUGACACCCUAACGCAUGUUGAAAAUGCCAUGGAAGAUGUUCAACAUCAACUACACGGCCUCAGGGAGCAAAAUAAUUCUAUGACUGAAGAGGGUAACUUAAAAACAAACCUAGAAACCAAUACUAUAUCAGAUACCUUGGGAUGUACUAUUAUAAAAAAAGGACAAGUAAACUGCUCCACAGUUAUAUUUCAAGAUAAGAAAACAUGGCGUCUGUCACGGCACAUGAUUGAAAACGAAAUUCAAAAACUUAAACAAGAACUAGAAACCUUAAAGGAAAUUAGGAGACAUCUAAAACAUACCAGACCCCCAGAAGAAGAUCCUAUAAAUGGGACUGUUUUGUCCGAAUUUAAUGAGCUGAACUUUCAACAUAAUGUUUUACCUGUUAAUUUAGUUGGCAGUGGAAAUAUGCCAAGACCUAUGCCAAUAGAGCCAAGCUCAAGAAUACACAAGAAAAAGAGGAAAAAGUUGCAGGAUUCUGAAGAAACGCAAAGGCCAGAAAAAAAAACGGACUUUGAAGAAGUGACAAUAAAUUUUACCCAAGAUGAAAUUACGUCUCAAUUUCCAGAAAAUCCAGUUGUGAUUGAUAUAACUACAGCUUCACCGCCAGACCAUACCAAUCACCACAGGCACCAUGGACAUCACAGGCAGCAUACUACAACCGAAAGUCACUUAAGUCUUAGCACUUCAGUAUCCAGUACCUCUCCUACUAAACAAAGGAAAAUUACAGAAACACCAAAGUCAAGGGACGAUGCCAAAAUACCACUUCCUUCAAGGAGAAAAGUCAAACCUAACUUCUGUCACUGUGAAAUAAAAGAUGCACAUGUAUCGGAUGAACGAGAAGCAGCAAGAGAAGAAAAACGCAGGCUUAAAGAGGAACGCUUGAAGAAGAAGCUGAGGAAACAGAGAAAAAAGGACCAGUUAGAAAAAGAAUGCAGUCAUGAAAGAAUGAACUGUUUUCACCACGACAAUGAUCAUUGGAAAACAGCUCCGCAAUGGACUGGUGGACCAUUCUGCUUCUGCAUGAAUGCAAACAAUAACACUUAUUCCUGUGUUCGCACGAUUAAUUCAACACAUAAUUUUCUCUACUGCGAAUUUACCACAGGAUUCGUGACGUUCUACAAUCUGAGAAUAGAUCCAUUCGAGUUGCAAAAUAGAGUAGACACGUUGAAACCUGAAGAACGUUCUCAUCUGCACGAUUUGCUUAAGCACCUCGUAGCAUGUAAAGGACGAUCCUGUACCGUAGGCCACCACAAUUCUCAACAUCCCGCAAGGACAAGAGGAAAUGUAUUACCCAUCCAUACUGUAACUCAGCAGAGAUAUAAAAAGAAAAAAUUCCUGGACGACGCAGCCAGGACCAUGCCGUUAGUUCAGGAAUAUCCGUAUCGAAUUGACUAUUCAGCGGCAAAUAAUAAACCUUGGCGCAGAAGGAAGACCUGGAGGUCAGCAACAUUUGGCCAGGGACGACACGAGAGGAAGAGACAGAAACAGCAGUAUGAUUACGAGGGGAGCUUUAAGAAGAGUUGGUAUUAGAAGGAGGCGAAAAACAUGAAGAAUCCUUAAUCAUGAAUGACUGACUAAUACUGGAUAAUUUUCAACACAUUUUAAGUAAAAUUGUGAUCUCUAAUUUAUAAUUUUUUUGUAUUAAUUUAAUAUGUUAGAAGCUUUAUUGCUUUCUAUGUAAGGAUAAAUGUAAGAAACAAUCAUAGACAAUGUAGGUACCUGCAAAACUUCCAUGAGAUUAUCGUAUAACAAUACUUCCGCUAUUUUUAUAGAUCUUGUUAGUUGGAACAAAGUGGGGUUAUUUACACUUUAAAAUUAUAUCAUCAUCUAUCAUUUUAUAGUACCAGCAAUAAGCAAUAGUGAAGGAGGCAAUAAUUCACUUUUUAUAAAUGCUGUGUUAGCUGUAAUUGUAAAUAUUAUUUAUAUAAAAAAAUGCACAGUCUUUUAUCAUUUCUAGUCUACGUGAUUUGCCUUGUAUGUACAUAUUUUUGACCAUUAAAAUCGAUAUAUUUUGUUGUUUGACAAACCAAACUUUUAAAAAUGUAUUUUUAAUUUAUGUCUUAGAUUAUUGAAAAAAACGUUCUAUUGUAACAAUGUUUGAGUCAAAGGAAAUUGUGGACAAGAUGUGAUUUUUAGUUUUUAUUAGAUGUGUACAAAUACACUUUUAUUAGCUUAAGCAUUAUUUUGUUUUGCUUGUAAAACUUUU